GCAUCUGUAUUGGGUGUCGGUCUGAUGGACACCAAUGAGAUGCUUCGAAAUAAGGGAGUUGGUUGGGUUAAGGUGAGAGAUCAGUUGACCCUUCCGUGCGCCACAGACUACAAGAAGAUGAAGGGCUACUUGAUGUUUCUGCUUGAGUCUGUUUUGUUUGUAGACAAAACAACGUCUAACAUAAAGCCGUGGUGGAUCCAUUUUACCAACGAUCUCGAUAAUGUCGGCAAGUAUUCGUGGGCUUCGGCAUGCUUAGCAAACAUGUACUGCCAAUUGGGUAUUGCCACCCGCGCUGGGAUGAACAGUCUCUGUGGAUGUGUUAUUCUCCUUCUGUGCUGGAUCUUUGAGCAUUUCCCCUGCUUUCGACCACCUCUUUCCCGUUCAUAUGCCGAGUUUGAGCCUCGAUGCAGAAGGUGGGCCCAUGGUGGAGGCAAUAAAACCACGCUGCAGGAAUACCGGAAAAUACUCGACGCCAUGACCGAAAGAGAUGUGAGUAAUAAUUUUUCUAAUUAUGUCUAUAGUAGAGUUACGGAUUUUUCUAAUUAGUUUAAAAUAUGCUUAGGUUUGUUGGAC